AUGUCUUCCAACUGGUUGAGGCAUUGCUUCUUAGGCCUUGCACUAUCAGGCGGCGUGUAUGUGGCAGCAUUAAUAGCUCUGACAAUACCGAUAGUACAAAAGAACGCAACUUAUGCUCAUAAUGUCAAUCCAGCUUUAUGGCAGAACGUGUCAAAUGUUGAGCAAUUCGGAUUCAUCCAUCACCAGGUACAACCAUUCACAAUCAGAUCUACGGACAAUGUGACCCUCUACGCAUGGCACAUUUUGCCAACCCAUCUAUAUCGCGAACACAAGGACGCGCUUACUCAGCAGAGCGAUUUUGGAGUGAAGCCAUUUGAGAAGGCUGCCGACACGGUAGGAUUCCGCCUGCUCCUGGAGAACCCCAACAGCAAAGCCAUUGUCAGCUUUCAUGGGAAUGCUGCACAUCUCGGCUCUUCGUAUCGGCCAGCGACUUAUCAGCAGCUCUUGAGCACGUCGACACCCGAGCACCCAGUACAUGUUGUUGCUUUCGACUAUCGAGGUUUCGGCACAAGCACCGGCACGCCUAGCGAAAGAGGCGUGAUUGACGAUGGGAUCGCAGUAGUUUCUGCACUCUGUGGAAAGCCUCCAACUCUUGCUCAGUUGAACCGACAUUCCGAAAGCUCUCCGUCAGCCCCAGCUCUUGAUCCUUCUCAGAUUAUCCUGGUCGGCCAGUCCCUCGGAACUUUUGUGUCUACAGCGACCCUGUACAGAUGGACCAUAGAGCUUCAACAAGCUCCUCUCCGAGCUCUGGUUCUGCUAGCCAGUUUUUCAUCACUCCCGAAACUGCUCGACUCAUAUUCGAUCAAAGGCUUCACACCACCGAUCCUAUCUCCACUGACGCCCUAUCCAUUUAUGCAGACGUGGUUCCGCAAACGUAUCGUGGACAAAUGGGACCUGGCUAGCCGACUCCAGGAAAUGGUCCUGCUUAAGGACCUCAAGCUAGAUGUGACAAUGAUGCAUGCUAAGGAUGAUUGGGAGAUACCAUACAGAGAAGGGUACACAAAUUGGCUAGCAGUGGAGGAAGCUGUGAACAGCACUGGCACAUUCACAAAGACCCAUGACGACCUUACUCACCCUGAAUUUAGUAGAACAUGGACGAGUGAUGAUGGCGCAAAACGAGUACGGUGGGAUAAGGUAAGGCACGGGGGUCAUAACAGGAUACCUACGAGUGAGCAUCUCAAAGUGGUUUUGUAUGACAUUCUUGAGCGGGCUCAGUGA